UUGAACUAUCAGCUCCGUUGGUGACGGCCUUGCUCUUUUGAUUGUGGCGUUCCUUGCUUUUUCUUUCCACUACUAUCUUAGACAGACGUCUUCUUAACUGUGAUUGGGGCUUAGCUCACUACCUCUUUGCUGAAGUUCAUGACCAAAGACGCUUCCAUCCUUUGCAGGCUUAUAUAUCUCGGUUCUGGGAUUUACGAGGAGAUGUACAAGUUGUUCGGUCUUCAGCCAAUUGUUUCCUGCUCUCUUUCAAUUGCCCUUAUGAUCUAGAAUUCAUGCUCCAAAGUGGACGUUGGGUUAUCAAUGCUUGUUUAAUUAUCCUGCAACGUUGGCAGCCCAUGCUUCAUGUUCCUCUUCGGAACAAUCUCUACGGGUUACCAAUACAGUUUUACUCCGAAUAUUUUGCCUCUUUGAUUGGUAAUUCUUUGGGAACUUCUAUUUCUUUUGAUGACCACUGUUCUAAGGACUCAUCUGGUAUGAGAUUCCGAGCUUUGGUGGACGUUGCUCAGCCUUUAAAGCUGCAGGGUGUUUUUCUUUCCUGACGGACCGUCGAUGUUUAGAGAUCCACCAGACCCAACAGGAUUUCAUUAUUCAUCAACAUUCUUGGAUGCUUCUGAAGCUUGGACUUCGCGAGUCGGUGAUGAAGAAAACUUAGUCCAGGUUGCCUCGCCAAGUGUCUUCGUGGCUGAAGACUUUGAAAUGCCUAGCUGUCGCAAGAGGGAGGCAGCAUCUGCCUUGGACGGACUAGAUUGGAUUAAGAGAUCUAAAUUAUGCCAAGAUGUUCAAGCAUCUCCGUCUGCUCAAGAUCAUCUCAGGGUGACCUCACAGCUGUCUAUUUUGAAAUCUGAUCAGUCUAAUUUAUUAACAGCUGGAAAUUUUCAUACUUUCUUUGGCUGCCACGUACCUACUCUGCCGAGUUUAAUUUCAUCAUCAGAGACGUCAUCAAAUGGUUCUAAGAGAGCAAGCUCAAUGACUUCUGGCGCAUGUCCACGAUCACGAUGUAGGUCACUCGAAUUCAUCUAAUACUUUCCAGCAUCAUGCAGUUCGCUCUCCAAUUCAGUCACUCUUCGUUUGCUGAUCUUGGUUUUGUUGCUGGUUCAAAUGGAUCUGCUGCUAAUCUGCCAAGCUCUCCUUGUUGCAAGCGGAAACUUUGCUUUGUUCAGCGACAAACAAACGGAGCACUCUCUGCCUUCUGGGUUUCACGAGGUUUCAACGGAAAAGUCUCGUUUGCUAGGAUGAUUCCUCCAAUGACCUUUACGGAUUGCAGCAUCGUGAAGGUCCAGAAACAGGCGCUCCGACGCUGCAGCUUUUGGUUUCGUAGUCCUCGUGUCUGGUUUCUUCAUCUUUCUUUUGAGUCUCUUAUAUCAGUUUGUAUGGUUUUCUUUUUCAUGUUCCUAGGUUCUCAUGACCCACUUCGUUUCGUUCAGGUCUUGACAGACAAGGCUUUUAUUUUAUUAAACCAAAGCAAUGACUUGGGAUUUUCAAAUCUUGCGGGAUACUUUUCCUUAUAUUGAUUUCCUAUUUCAUUGGAGGCCAAUGUUCUUUUAGGCUCAUGAAGCCUUUUCAAUAUUUUUCUCGGCCUUUCUUCGGAAAGGUUAUUUAUCUUUUUUGAAUGAGCCACCUGAUUCCUUGUUUGCUGCUCCAGCAUACGCAAUGGGUCAUGUUCUGGUUUCCUUCAUUCUUCA